AUGAUCAUCGUAUUACAAUCAGUAAUUGCCUAUCAAAACACACACCAGGCCUCCUUACUUCCUUCCUCUGACACAAAACGAAGCCCUAGUCUAGCCGCUGCCUUCGAAGCCAAUCAAAACGAAGCAUUAGAAGUAGACGAAGCCACAGACAGACUUAACAGAAUCAAGUGGGAGAAUAUUGCAUUUGUUGGAUUCCAGUUUUGGUUCGUAGGCAUGUCCUUUGAUGCAACAGUUAACCAGAACGCAGCAGAAGUUAUUGCUCUAGCAACUAUGAACGUCAUGUGCGCUCUGCUUGGCGCACUAGAGGUCAUUGACGGUAGACGGUGGCUGUCUACAUUACGACACAUGAAUGAAGUCCAAGGAAUAGCAUUCGCUACAAAGCCGCUUGAGAUUGCCUUUUAUCUCGAGAUAACCCUUACCGUCUUACUCACAUUAUUUGCCAUUGCUUUUGCGUAUCUCUCUUACGAGGUUGUACGAGAAUUUGGUUGGGUUAUAUACAAGAAAAUUGGAGCAGACGUCGAGAUCCAAAGCAAGUUAAAGAAGAAGAAAAUCUUUCAAUUCUUUGUAUUGGCUCUCAAAUUUGAUAUAUUUAUUGAAUUUUUGGUUUCCUGCUUUUAUCUCGUUCAAUUUGCUACAAAAGAAUAUGAUCCUGUCUGGGAAAUCUGGUUUCAAUUGGGAGCAACGGCCUUAAUGCUACCAAUGCUAUACUUUGCUCGAAUGGCAUGUGUUGUGGUUGUUCAAUUUGGACUUGUGCUCCGACAGACAUUGAGAACACACAAUUUUUGGUACACAUGGAUAUGCUUUGUACUUUUAGGAAUUGUACUUGCAGUGACAACUGGCACACUUGGUGCUAUAUGCAUGUAUAAUUUUGGUAAGAACCUGAAACCUUACAUCCAACGGGGCGCAAAAAAGCAGGAACACGCUGACAAUCUAAAGCUCAGCAAACAAGCUUCUGCAGAGUUGUGGAAGAUUGACGAAGACUGA